AUUAACCAUAAAAAAAGAAGAGCAGUGCUCUUGGAAAAAACUUUGAGAACAACGUUUACUUUCCACGCCACAUUUUACAUACGAAGGAGACAGUCCUAAUAGACAAGACAUGGAGAUGUUCUGUUCAGCAAGGUGUGGUUUCGUGUUCCUGGUGACUCUGAUGGUGUUCUGCCAGGAAAAGUUUGUCAAUGGAAUAGAUUUUCUGGACGAGCAUUGUGGCCGCACCAUCGACAUCGAUGAAGCAUUGGGCGGUUUGCUGUACUCUCAGUCCGGCCCGCUUUACUCCAGUAACUUGGACUGCGAUGUCGCCCUUGAGACCAGCUUCUUCGCGAAGAAGAUACUGCUGACAUUCAACACGGUGGAUAUCGACGGGGCGGCACCGUGUAGCUCAGCGGGCGACGUCCUCGAGAUCUACAACGGGUUGUCGACCGACGAGCGGGACAAGCUGCUGACGGUCUGCGGAUCGUCGAACACUCCGAGCGAAGUCACGUCAUCUCUGAACCAUAUCACCCUGCGGUUCAAGACGGAUAAUGAGACGGUAGAAUCUGGGUUCCGUAUUGCCUAUACGGCCUUUUCCUUGGGUACUUGCAGUUCAUCUGAGUUUAAAUGCGACAACGGCAGAUGUAUUGACCAGGAUCUCAAGUACAACUCAUACGACAACUGCGGCGACUCAAGCGACAAAUCUGUGGAUGACAUAUUGACCGGCAUACUCCAAUGGGGCAUAGCUGUAUUUAUCAUCAUCCUUGUCGUCAUCGUUGUGGGUGCAGUACUGCUGUGUGUCUGCAUUGGCUGCCUCAGCUACCAUUGUUGCUGCAAGAGCAGCAAACAACCACAAACCCCAGUGGUCAUCUGACCAGAAAAAUGGUGCACAGUAUGCUUAAAGGAUUCUUCAGGGGGAAAAAAAACACGGGUCAGAAUUAACCCAGAUUCCCGUUGGUCUGACCUAUUUCCUGGGCUGGGCAAGACUACUGACCCGGAGACUGGUUCAAACACAGAAUUUCACAACUGACCCGGACUCCGGACUCCGCUUUUAUAUGCCACGAAAUUGCACGGUUUUCCUCUUUUACUUUGCGAAUUAACACAAACUGCUAUUUUUGGGGUUGAGUGGAGUAAAACAAAAAAUGACUCCAUAGGAGUGCCGUGUUAUUUCACGACGUAAAAGGAAAACCGUGCAAUUUCGAGGCUUAAUAUUUGUGAGGAUAAUUAUAUUCUACAUCUUUCUA